UUUCGGAGGCAGCAGCAGAGCAGAAGGAAGAGAAGGAAACGUUAACAUCGAGUCGAACAAGUUUUACAGCGAACUACUUUCUCCGCUUUUGGAUUUAUUCCGCAUUACAAUCAGCUCUUGUGGGUUUAAUAACACGAUGUUUUCCACCAUCGGUACCGACCUGACUUACAGCAGCAUGUCUCCUGUCAAUACUACAGAGGAUUUCACGGACCUCACAGUCUCAGGAGCUUCCUUUGUGCCCACCGUCACAGCCAUCUCCUCCAGCCCAGACCUGCAGUGGAUGGUUCAGUCUGUGGUGUCGUCCAUGGCUCCGUCUGAGAGCAGGGUUCAUCCCUACUCCUCCAACACGACUUUCUCCAGAGCCAAAACGGUGAAGACUGCGAGCGGAAACAAGGCUCAAGGUUCCACUGGCCGCAGGGGCAAAAUCGACCAGUUUGCUAUAGUGGAGGACGAAAAGAAGCGUGUUCGUCGUGAAAGAAACAAGAUCGCUGCGGCUAAAUGCCGUAACAGGAGACGUGAGCUGACAGACACCCUGCAAACCGAAACAGACAAGCUGGAGGACGAGAAAUCGUCUCUGCAGAACGACAUCGCUAAUCUCCUGAAGGAGAAGGAACGUCUCGAGUUCAUCCUGGCCGCACAUUCUCCCAUCUGUAAGAUCCCAUCCCAGAUGGACUCAUCCUUCACCGAACCCUCCGUCUCGCCGGCUUCAUCUGAAAGCAAAGUGAUGUCUGGACCUUCCAUGCUGAACAACACCACCACCACCACCACCUCUGUUAAGCUCUCUGACCUCGAGUCCAGUCUGGAAGCUUCGCUUGAUCUUUUUAGCAAAUCUGAGGCAGACACGGCACGUUCAGUGCCAGACAUCGACCUGUCCAACUCUGUGUACACCGCACAGGACUGGGAGCCACUUUACACACCGGCCAUCCUGGACCUGGAGCCUCUGUGCACGCCCGUGGUCACCUGCACACCCACCUGCACGUCCUACACGUCUUCGUUCGUCUUCUCGUACCCAGAGAGCAACUCCUUCUCCAGCUGUGCACAGCUUCACCGUCGUGAAAGCAGCAGCAACGAUCAGUCGUCCGAUUCGCUCAACUCACCCACUAUGCUCACACUAUGAGGGGUGCCAAUAUUUAUUCACCUCCAUCAUCCUCAUAUCAACACUGACCUUAAAGACUUUGAAAAUGCAGGGCUACAAACUCCACUAAGCAAUCAUUUAUUAUUAUUAUUAUUAUUAUUAUCAUUAUUGUUGUUGUGGUUAAUAUUUUAUUUAUAUUAAUGCAUAGGAAUGAGCCUCUUAAACAUGUAGCAUGUUUUUUGUGUUUAAUUAUGCAGAUAUUGUGUAGAAAAUAAACAAAUAAAUACAUAGUUCACGGUGCUCGAUAACUGUAAUAUGUUCUCCGCAAUAUUCAGCCGACUCGUGUGAAUUUGUGCGUUUUCUUUAUCUAGCCGUCGUGCUGCUCUUUUAACGUUACAUGAAGUUUUCUGUGAAAACAUUGUCUUGAAAAUAUAUUAGAUCAUUUUUUAUUGUAUUUUUAUACUGGAAUGUGAAGCAAAAGCAAACGAACUGUUUGCAAAAUAAAACAAAAUGAAUAUUCAUCGUAAAA